AUGAAGAUCUCAAUUCUUCAUCUCCUCGCCCUCGGCGUGGCCGUACACGCAAUUGCGUCCAAUGACGACGGAACCGACGCCGUGGUUGCCUCAAGUCACAAGGAUGACGAUGACGACGACAGCAGCAAUGACAAUGGCCACGAUGGAUCUGGCGAUGAUGACUGCGAUGACGGCGACGGCGACGACCAUCACCAUCACCACCACCACCACGACUCAUCCGCGUCGGAAACGACCCUAUUCUCGACGGGAACCAGCGUCGUGACCUCGGAUGAUUCCACGUCCACCGUCACCAUAACCUCGCCCACGAGCACCAUCACCAUAAUCAUAAGCACAACGGCCGCCAGCAGCACGGACGGAACAUUGACAACAUCUUCCACGUCCACCAUCACCACGACGACUACCGUCUCAUCCGGUGCAGCAUCGACUAGCUCGGCCGAGGCCGAGAGCGGCACUACUACUACUACCAAGACGUCAUCGUCGACGACAAAGUCUACCAGUACCGGCACUUCGACCACGAGCAUCGUGACGGCGGCUGCCGCGACGAAUGUGGGAUCUGCUCGCGGCGGACUAAUGGCUGCCGCUUUGGCUGGUGUGUUUAUGCUCUGA